GCCGCGCACUGCAGCUUCAGCCACAGCGGCCAGCACCGCGCGCGCACUGCUGCCUCGCCUGGGCCAGGCCCCCAAAACAAAGACAAAGCGGCUGCCUGGUAGGCUCUACAGAAGCUGAAUUUACCUGCAGCUGCCGGGAACCACAGGCUUCAAGAUGGUUUGCGGGGGCUUCGCGUGUUCCAAGAACUGCCUGUGCGCUCUCAACCUGGUCUACACCUUGGUUAGUCUGCUGCUAAUUGGAAUUGCUGCAUGGGGAAUUGGCUUCGGGCUGAUUUCCAGUCUCCGGGUGGUCGGUGUAGUCAUUGCAGUGGGCAUCUUCUUGUUCCUGAUUGCCUUAGUGGGGCUGAUUGGAGCUGUAAAACACCAUCAGGUGUUGCUUUUUUUUUACAUGAUUAUUCUCUUACUUGUAUUUAUUGUUCAGUUCUCUGUAUCCUGUGCUUGUUUAGCCCUGAACCAGGAACAACAGGGUCAGCUUCUGGAAGUUGGUUGGAAUAAUACAGCAAGUGCUCGAAAUGACAUCCAGAGAAAUUUAAACUGCUGUGGGUUCCGAAGUUUUAACCCAAAUGACACCUGUAUGGCUAGCUGUGUUAAAAGUGGCCACCAGUGCUUACCGUGUGCUCCGAUAAUAGAAGAAUAUGCUGGAGAGGUCUUGAGAUUUGUUGGCGGCAUUGGCCUCUUCUUCAGUUUCACAGAGGCCUCUUCUCAUCUACUGUCUUGAGGAAAACCAGCUUUGGAAUUCAUUUUGAAACGAGGGCUUGAGAGGGUCACCCAUGAGUUAAAAUAUACAUCAAAGAAUGGACUUCGCAGUGGUAUCACUAAAGGGCACAGGGGGUGCAGACUGCACUGGGUGGCACUGUCAGCGGGGUGACACUAAAAUGACUGUCUAUAAAGUUUUUGGGUAGUUUCAGCAGAAAUUUAUUAUUUUUAAUAAAAAUAUGCCUGUGCUUAGUUAAAACAACAAAAAUGUUUUUCAUAAGCCCAGCUUGCAUGUAUCAUACGUACAAGGCUAAAACUGUAUGCAAAUUUACUUUUUAAACCUUCUAGUACUCCUGUCACAGCUGUCAUCUUUCCCUAGUUGCAGUGACGCUUGGAAUCACGUGGUUUUGUGUGCACGCGCUACAGGCAUGCACUGUUGUUUUUGUUGCUACCGGUGUUUUUAUAGUCACUGAUUUUGUCAAAUUUUCUGGUGUUUUAGCUACAAUAUUAUGGUAAGUAGUAUUUGUGAACCUGUAUCAAUAACUUUUUUGAGGAUGAAGUAGUAAUUAAAGGAAAAAGAGAAAAUCAAAAAAGGCUUAUGCUCAGUUACUAAUAAUGUAACUCAGUGCAGAAAGAUUUUACAGAAUAAUAUUGUUAGUAUUUAUAUGAUCUAAGAAAUACUACAUUUAAACAAUUCAUUAACUGUAUCGCAUAUUCUGUGAUUAAAAUUAAUAAUAAACAUUAUUAAUGAUUCUGUAUGGUCUAGUAUGGGAAAAGGUCCAUGGGGGGUGAUACCAUGAGGUACUGCACUUGGUGACACCAACCUUAGUGAUGCCACUUGGGACUUUGACUUCAUUUGGAGGCUGAAACCACUUUGUUUACUUUCAGGAUCUUGCUUUUUAUACGUAGUUAAGGUUACAACUUGUUAAGUGACCUUUUAAUAAGUUAGGUUGAAUUUAUUUGGAAUUUGAAGGCUAGCUCCUUGGUUAGGUACUGAAGAAAGUUCCACCCUUGCCUUAGAGCUUUCUCUGUUCUUCCUCUGAACCUCAUUCUCAUCAGUGAUUGCUAAAUAUAAGGGGGCCUUAGAAGCUAUUUAGAAUUACUGAAUGCAUGAAAAAAAAAUGGAGACAGACAGUCAUCGAUGAUCAUUUGAAGAAGAUUGCAGGUCUAAAGCAGGUAAAAAAUGGUUUAAUCAGGCAUGUUCAUCAUCUCUGUUAAUGAUGUUUUUAGAUGAUUUACGUUACCAAUGUUUCUACUCAGCUGUUCGAAAUAAUUCACUCUAGUCUUAUAGUUGGAGUUCCUGGGUGGCACAGACGGUUACAUGCUUGACUACUAGCUGAAAGGUUGGUGGUUCGAACCCACCCAGAGGCGCCUCAGAAGACAGGCCUGGCGAUCUGUUUCCAAAAGGUCACAGCCUUGAAAACCCUGUGUAGCAUUUCUGCUCUGCACACGUGGGUCAUCGUGAGUUGAAAUUGACUCCUUGGCAACUAAUAACAAGUCUUAUAAUACUCCUCCACUUUUCUGUAGUAAGUCAAGGAAUGUUUUCACUUGAAAUUUAUUUAAACACAACUAAUGAAAGAUGGUGAGAUGACGGGAUUUUGUGGAACAGGCAUUGCUAAUAUUUUUAAAACAACCGUUCGUAUGUUUGCAUAUUUAGUUCUGUUUCUAACCUGCAUAUUUCCACAUUCCUUACAGUUGCAACCAUAGCAUGAGUUUGUUUUCACUUAGACUUUUUCUGUUUCUCCAUAAUCACUACUACUGUGUUGACAACAUAUUGUGCUUUUUGUUAUGUAACCAUUAUAUUUGGAAACCGCCAAUUUUUUGUACAUUUAAAUGUUGCCAUACAGAACUCUUUCUGUUGAAUGAUUUCCUUAGAAUAAAUUCUCAGAAGUAGAGGAGACUGGGUCAAAGUCAAUCGAUGUCUUCUAUGACUCUUGCUCUGUGUUGCUUUAACGCUCUUCUGUGGGGAAAGUCAUUUUCCUGCCAAUUUGACAUUUGAUUUCCCCAAAGAUUUAUUUAUAUGUGUUGUUCAAAUAACAUUUUGUCAUUUAAUACAUUUUAAGGACUUAGCAGUUUUUUUCACGUCAGUCGUGUGAAAAAAUAAACAUUAUUUUGCUGUAAGGCAGUCCCUGGGUUAUGAAUGAGAU